AUUUUUUUUUUGCGUUCAGGCUCACCGGAAGCUCUGAAGCUUACCGUGGAGCUCCCUUUCUCUCACACAUCUUCGUUCCCCCACCAAUUUGUAGUCUCUUUCUCUUCCCCGUGCUCUCUCUCUCUAUAUUACUCCUUCAAUUAUUGUUCUGGUGACCGUUGAGGGCAACAACUCGAAACCAAGAGGACAGCAAUUCCCUUGUUGAAGUGGUCAAUAAGGCUCAAUUAAAGUGAUCGUUUGGCUCAUACUCCUUGGAUAGAUCAAGUCAAAGUCGUCUCACUUUGCAUUCUUCCAAGUGGAUUCACUAUCAUGGAUUCAUCCAAUUACGUUGCAGUAGGGGAAGAUAGAAACAGAAGUACUCAUCUUGAAGAUGCUCAAUUAAUUGCCUUGCCUGCAGGCACUGAAACUGACAUGGAGAUAGAUGGCGAUGAAGAAGAAGAGGAGGGAGAAGUUAACAGUGAAGACGGAGAGUUUGCUCUGAGAUUUGAAGGUGACAUGAAUCCUUUUGAUUUCACGGAAGAUGAUGCUUCUGGAGUCCAACCUUAUCAGCGAUUUGAACGCCUUGAAUAUGAUACUUUCGCUGAAAAAAAACGGAAAGUACUUGAUAGCCAUUCGGAAGAGUUGGCGAAGAAGUCUAGGAAAGAGGAUGUUUUUGGUGUAAGCUUUGAUGAAAUAAUGGAAGCCAUGAAUUAUGGCAAUCGGCGAAAAUCAAGGAAAUCUAAGAAAAGGGGAAGACCAAGGGGAAAUAAAAAUAAAUUUAGCCCUGAAGUCACAAGAAUGCUUGGUGAGAGUACUCUUCAUUAUGCACAUGGCCGUUAUGCAGAGGCCAUACGUGUAUUGAAUGAAGUUGUUCGUCUUGCACCCAACUUGCCUGACACAUACCACACACUUGGCCUUGUCUAUAAUGCAGUUGGUGACAAGAAAAAAGCCUUCAGUUUCUAUAUGCUUGCGGCAGCAAUGAAGCCAAAGGAUUCACCUCUUUGGAAAUUGCUUCUUACAUGGUCCUUAGAGCAAGGAAACAUUGCUCAGGCAAGGUACUGCCUUUCAAAAGCAAUAAUGGCCGAUCCAGAAGAUAUUACUCUGAAAUGUCAUCUUGCAACGCUUUACAUUGAGCUCGGAGAUUAUGAGAAAGCUGCUAAAUUAUAUGAUCAGAUAUCACAGCUCUGUCCUGGGAACGUUGAAGCACGCAAGGCAGCUGCAAGGCUGUUUCAAAGUUGCGGUCAGGUUGAACGUUCUAUCGGCAUUCUGGAGGACUAUCUCAAACAUCAUACAACCGAAGCUGAUUUAAGCAUUGUUGAACUGCUGGCAGUGACAUGCAUGGAAAACAACGAAUAUGCCAAAGCUCUUCAGCAUAUUGAGCUUGCACACACUUACAGUUCUGGGAAGGAACUGCCAUUGCAGCUAAUGACUAAAGCAGGAAUUUGCCACCUUCAUCUUGGAAAUUUGGAGAAGGCACAGGAAUUUUUUGGAAAAUUUCAGUUGGAGAAUGCAUGUGACCAUGCCAAUCUAAUUACUGAAGUUGCAGACUCAUUUAAGAGUCUUGCGCAAUAUGAAGUUGCACUGUCCUAUUAUCUGAUGCUAGAAAAGCGUGUUGGUCAUGACAAUGGCAUUUUACAUUUGAAAAUUGGUCAAUGUCAUUUAUUCUUGAAUGAAAGAGUACAGGCGAUCCGAUAUUUCUACAAAGCUUUAGAUAAACUUGAGGACAGUGUUGAUGCUAGGUUAACUUUGGCGUCCCUUCUUCAAGAAGAAGGGAAAGAAGACGAAGCUGUUUCAGUGCUCUCUCCAACAAAUGCAGAGUUGACAUUAGACACAAAUUGCACUCAAACAAAAUUGUGGUGGCUGAAUGAGAAAGUAAAGCUGAAGCUUGCAAACAUUUAUCGAGCAAAAGGGAUGCUCGAUGAAUUUGUUGAUGCACUAUCCCCCUUGAUUCAUGAUGUGAUGAUUAAAAUACAGUUCAGACCAAGGAAAAAGCUCUCAAAAAAUGUUCUCCUUGAAAGAGCCAAAGUACUGGAUGAUCAUCAAACUGACAAUUUAUUUCGCGGAUUUAAACCAACAGCUAGUGCAUCAGACAGGUUGAAAGCAAGUAGAGCAAGAAGGAUGCUUCAAAAGAAGUCUACUUUGAAGGAAGAAAUGAAGGCUAAAGCAUUAGCUGCUGGUUUGGAAUGGCAAAGUGAAGAUUCAGAUGAUGAGCCUCCUCUGCGAGCAGCACGAAGAAGAAAGUCUACACUUCCCCAACUCCUGAAAGAUGAGGAGCAUCAUCAGCUCAUUGUAGAUUUGUGCAAAGCUUUAGCAUCCUUGAGAAGAUAUGGGGAAGCAUUAGAUCUGAUCAAUCUCACUCUGCGAUGGGUUUCAAACAAACUGUCUGUUGAGAGAAGGGAUGAGCUUUUGGCUGUUGGGGCCCAAAUGGCGUACCACAUCAUGGAUCCCAAACACGGGUGCGAUUUUGUAAGGAAUAUUAUCCUUCAGCGUCCUUAUAGCAUUGCUGCUUGGAAUUGUUUCUACAAAGUAAUAUCCAGCAUGGAUGUUCAUCAGUCUAAAUAUUCUAGAUUCUUGCAUAGAAUGCGAGAAAAGCACAGAGAUUGUGUGCCACCCAUAAUUAUCUCUGGACAUCAGUUCACCAUGAUCAGCCAGCAUCAAGCAGCUGCAAGAGAGUACUUAGAAGCUUUAAAGCUUUUGCCAGAUAGUCCAUUGAUCAAUCUGUGUGUGGGAGCUUCUUUAAUCAAUUUAGCCCUUGAUAUUAGACUUCAGAACAAACAUCAGUGUCUGGUACAAGGCUUAGCAUUCCUAUACAACAAUCUAAGGCUUUGUGGGAACAGUCAGGAAGCCUUGUAUAAUAUAGCCCGGGCUUGCCAUCAUGUUGGACUUGUUUCUCUUGCAGCUUCAUUUUAUGAAAAGGUGCUUACCACUAAACAGAAGGAUUAUCCCAUUCCCAAGCUUCCUUAUGAGAAUCCAGAUCUUACAGAAAACCAGAAGCCUGGUUACUGCAACAUUCAGCGAGAAGCAGCUUAUAAUUUGCACCUGAUCUACAAAAGAAGUGGGGCAUUUGAUCUUGCUAGACAGGUCUUGAGAGACUACUGCACUCUAUGAAAUUAUGUCUUGGAUAAUAACAGCUAAUCUUAUGCAAAAAAUGUGUUUAAUUUAUUUAUAUUCAUUUUUUUUUUUUAGUUUGGUAAAUAUUCACACACUCCCGGAAAUGCCCACCAUGCCACCCAAAACCCUCACCUCCUUUUCGAGGGAGGAGAAAUUAUACCAGGGGCAGUAUAUUCAUUUUUUAAUUCACUUUUCUUUAUAUGAUCUUUUAUUUUCA